ACGGAAGUGACGAACGCCGUGGGGGGCGAGGAUGAGCGCCGUGCCUGAGGAAGUGAAGGCAGAAGAUGGCAAAGCGGAGCCCGAGAAAAAACUCUUUUACUGCGAUGUUUGUAAAAUUUACUGUAUGUGCGCUAUAAGUCUUCAGUCACACUACCGUGGUGCGAAGCAUAGGAGGCAAGAGAAAGCCAUGAGACGCAGGAAUCUCUAUUGUUCUUCAGCUCUAAUCCAAGUUCCGAUGAAGUACCGAGUGCUCAGACGAGUGAAGAGAUCAUUCACAGGGUACAUAACCUGUCUGAAGGAUUUUAUGAAUGAUCCCAGAAGAGAAGAGCCUCUAAUUGGUUUAGAACAUGUGGUUGAAGUCAGAUUUGAAGGAAGAAGAGAGCCACGUUACGAGUGCAGGCUGUGUGGGUGUAAUUCAGAGGUGGCACCUAUGAUAGAACAUCUUAGUGGGUAUAAACACAGAAGAGAAUACAUUUCUAAAGAAUUUCCAGAUAAAAUAAGGAAAAAACCAAAAGAUACAAAAGAAUGCAAAGUCUCGUUUUUCAGGCGAAUAGCAGGAGAGCUGGAGAAGAGUGAAGGAUUAAAAAUGUAUAAGACGGAAGGUUACACAAGACCAGCUACCUCAUCCCCAUUGAAGAAGAAAUCAAGGUGGGAAGAUGAUUAUAAGCAAGAGAACGAUCCUGUUCGGAAACAGAAAGCUCUGGAGUUCUUGGAGACUUUUCACAUCACCUCAGACUCAGAAGCAACACUUGUUGUUCGCAUUACACAGGAACUCAUGGAGGCUUUGAAGACCUUUUGUGAAAAGAAAGCAGCAGAUAAUUACACCAACAGUUUAGGGCCACUGGUGCCAGUACCUCAAGAUGAAUUUCCAGAAAGCCAAAGCAUCCCAGAACACUAUGGGCCAGAUGUAGAAUACAAAGGAAGUUCUGACUGGAAUCAAGGUUUUUUGUCUCAGUAUGAAGAGUGUUCUGAAGAUGCUUCUUUUGCUCCUGCUCACCCCAACAGUUACCAAGCAGAUGAUGGAUCAUCCUCCUGUCAUCUGACACCUGACAACUUUGCAAGUGUGUCUCUGCUCGGGGACUCUCCUGCUGUUGAGCCUGAUAUUCCUGCCAGUGGUGUCAGCCAAUGGCUGAGACAGCUCAGAAACUCUGCGCCCUCCAUGAAUUUGGUGCCUGGGGCCUCUUCAUACCAGAGCAGCCCAGUGAAGGAGUACUCAGCAGAAUACAUAUCCAGUGAUGUGCAAGGAAAUGAGCUCUGUGAUAACAGACUCUCAUUUGGCAGGGAAAAUACAAAAUGGAGCAAUCAACAAGUGUGUACCAAAGCAAGGCAUAUAAGUGACCAAGAAUUAUCCUAUCCCAAUUAUUCUGCCUCAUAUCCUUCAUCUGGAAGAUACUUUACAAAUUAUGCUUCACAAAACUAUUCCUCUUACAAGAACUAUGAGUCUGUGAAUACUUGUACAUCUGCAAUUUCUACUGUUUCAGGAAGAGGUGGAUCCAGGUGGCAUCAGGACACUAGGUGGAAUGAGUGGAAUGAGGACUAUAGGUGGAACAAGGAUUCUAGCUGGAAGCAGGAAUCUAGGUGUCAAGAAUUCAGGUAUCAGAAAUCAGGCUACCAGAGAGACUGGAGUUCACAUCAGGACUUAUUUUCUGGCAGUGGUUUGUACCAAGAUCACCAGCAGUUCAGAAGCUCAGAAGAGAUGUUUGAUGGAGCUGAUGUUGGUCUUGCUCCCAGCACUGUGAACAAACUCCUAGGGAAGGAUGUACCUACAAUGACCAGGAUGCUCAAACAGUUGGCUCCGUAUCACCCAGCGCUUCAAAAAGUAAAUAUUCAGACAUUCGUCAAUGUGCUAAUAGAAGCUAGAGAGAAAGAUUAAGGAGCAACAGCUGAACUGGAAACAGAUGAAGAGACUUGAGAAUCUCCAUCACUUGGCUUUCAGGAAAGAGACUACAUUUAACUGUGUUUGACUGGCUUGGGAGAGGUAAAGGGAGGUAGGGUUUAAGUUUUUAACAUGUGAAAUAUAGCUGGAACAUGAACUUGCACAUAAUGGGUGAACAUACUAUUUUGUUUAGGCUUUUUGUAAUGUAUUUGUUAUAUCUUAGUAUAUUUCAGAAAAGAAAGAUCUUUUGUUAUUUUUUGAAAAUACGUUAAAAUUACUCUGUCAGCAAAAAGCUAAUAAUCCUUUUAAUACCCUUCUCAAUUCACAAGAGAAAGAAAGGUUUUAUGCUACCUACUUAGGAAGAAUAUUAAUUGAAAAUCCAGGUUUACUUUUCUUCACACAAAUGUAAGGCCAUUUCCAUUAAUUUGAGGCUUUAUAAUUAGCAUAUUUUUAGAAAAUGAUACACUACAUUUCUGUUUAGACAAAGAAAGGAGAAUGUCACAACAUAGGUAUUCUCUCUAUGUUAAUGUGAUGCUAUAUGAGGAAAAUGUAACCUCUACUAGAGGACUGGUAUGUAACAGUUUGCAGACUAAGAAAUGGUGUGAAAUAUAUGCAAAUUUUUAAAUCGUGUUGUUCAAAAUGAAAUAAUUAUAAAUUAUCCUAAAAACUCAUUUGGUGGAUGGACCCAUGCUAAAAUAAAAAUUCUUGAUUCUUUCUACUGGCAAAAGCAUAUUAAGAAAUAGUAGAACCCAUAAGCCAAUCAGAUAAAAUAACAUGAAAAAAUAAACAAACUGUGGUACUAACUGAGUAGUACUUACCAGUUCAUGAGGUGUAUCAGAGCCACAUGCUCAUGAAUGCCUGGCUUUAGAUAUCUGCUCUAUGUAAUUAAAACCAGCUUACAUGGAGCUGAAGAAAAGAAGUAAAGUGAGACAGUUUACUCCUGAGUGUCUGUUUUCCUUUUCACUGCUGCAUUGUGGACUAUCAUUUUUCUUCUCACUCGUGCUGGAACUGUGUCUCUGUGCAUUAAAUACUUGUGCUGAAGCAGGGUUACUUAGUCUUCAUGAGCUGUCAUAAAACAUUUUGGAUCUUGUUAUGUAAAUUUUAAUAAAAACUCAACUCCAAAUAA